CCGAGGACUACAUUUCCCAGAAGCCCCCGCGGGCUUGCCGCGGCAGCGUUAUAUUGGGCAGGCGGGGGGAGCUGUUGGUAUAACGCUCAGGCGGCAGCAGCAGCAGCAGUUAUGGCCUCGCUGGUGAAGAAAAUAAUCAGCACUUCUAAGGCGCCCGCUGCACUGGGCCCCUACAGCCAAGCAGUGCUGGUGGACCGGACGAUGUAUAUUGCAGGACAGAUAGGAACAGAACCUUCCACUGGGCAGCUUGUCCCUGGAGGGGCAAAGGAAGAAGCUAGGCAGGCUCUAAAGAACAUGGGAGAAAUCCUGAAAGCUGCGGGCUGUGACUAUAGCAAUGUUGUGAAGGCUACGGUUUUGAUGGCAGACAUGAAGGACUUCAAUGAUAUUAAUGAUAUUUACAGACAGUUUUUUAAGACAAACUUUCCAGCCAGAGCAGCCUAUCAGGUUGCUGCUUUGCCAAAAGGUGCCCGAGUUGAGAUUGAAGCUAUUGCCAUCCAGGGACCCCUCCAAGAUGCUUCAGCCUGACUAUAGAGACUGAAUAUCCUGCAACAGCAGUUUUAGAUCUAAUAUUUCUGCCUUACAUCGUAUUCCUACAAUGACUAUCAGCGGUUACAUACAGUCAAAAGCACUAAACUUACCAAGGAAAGGUGGUUUCUUCUGGAUUGUAGCCUUGGAUUCUCUAAAGUCUGAGUUUAUGGUGAGUUCUCUGCCAGCAAAGCCUGAAACAUCUGGGAGGUUGAUUGCAGGGCCCUUGCUUUGUGAUGGUGACUGGAUAUUCAGGUAUUAAAGUACACCUUUGGGUGAGCAUAUGACAGCUAUACUGCGGGUGAUCUGGACAUGAAAAACUGUAAUGACUUGUAAUAGUAGAUUUUUAGUAACUAUUUUAAAUAAGAAAAAAUGACAAAUAGGAAAAUGGAACAAUUCAAUUGCUUAGUAUACAUUUUCACUUCUGUAUUUUGGAGGAUUUUGCUGUAUUUGUUUCUGAACUGUCUUAAAUGCUUUCUUUACAGAAUAGAUUACUGUUGGGACUCUACUCGUGUUUUGUUCAUAUGGAAUCAGUUGCUUAAGAAAGUCAAUACUAAUUUCAGAGAUAAGAAAUUUAUGCUGUUCUGAAGUGCUAACUUUAUAAAUCAGCUGCAAAUGAAUCUCUGUAACCUUUUUCUUACUCUUUUUCAUAGCAAUUCAAUUUUGACUGUAUUUUGAUUUUUUUUUUUUUUUUAAAAGCACAUUCUAAAUGUAUGAGGGAAGAUAUCCUGUUUAAUGAGAAUAAAUAAAUGAUAAUUGAAUCUGUAAAAAA